CAUUUGGCUCAAGUGCACUGGUGGUUUUGCUUUGCCUGCGAAAAAAUAAAUUUGUUUUCUGAGGAAAUAUUCGGAAAAGUAAUCGUUGGUUAUUUCUCUCACAAGAGAGGCUUCACUUGCAGGCUAUACCGGUAAAUAACACAGAUGAACUCAAUGGUGGUAACCCAGCAGCCGCCGGGCAGACGGAUGCUGAUCGGAUCCGUCCAUGGCCACAGGGAUUGGGAUAGCGGGAUAUGUGCUUGCUUCUCCGACUGCAAAUCAUUGAUGAUGACGUACUGCUGCCUGGCGUGCGCAAUCUGUGACAUCUCGAACCGGGCGGGAGAAUGUUUAUUUAUGCCCUGGUUUGUCCCCUCGGGUUUAAUUGCUCUCAGGGCUAGAAUAAGGACGCUUGGAGGUAUCAGGGGCUCCAUCUGCGGCGACUUCAUGGCAAUAAAUGUUAUUUACGAUUCAAUCUACAGUGACAGCAUGGCAAUAAAUGUUAAGCCCCGCUUUUUCAGGGGUCCUCCUGCGGCGACUGCAUGA